GUGUAUGCCUAUGCUCGGCGUGCCUCCUCCUGUGGAUUCCACUUGAUACCAGUUCCUUGCGACCCCUUUGCCUUGCCCUACACGGACAACUCAGAUCCUCUCCGUGAUCCCAUAUUUGUGGCUCUUAACAUGGAAGCUUUUGGGCCUGAUCUUUUCAAAGAUUGCUCGGAUGAGAGGAGGCAGGAGAUCUUGUAUACGAUUCAAGAUGCAAUUGUCAAAAGGUUUGGGUUCUUGCCCGCCAGCGUCCAAGUGCCGGACUCGGCCGUCAUGCCAGAAGACGUGAAAAAUCUCAACCACCAAUACGUCCACUGCACCGUAGGAAUGUUCAUACUGAUUCCAGAAAGCACCCCAGCUGGCCGAGCCACCACCGCCAAACCCAUCAGCGGCUCAACGUCCAGUCCUCAACUUGUCGGUCGGCCAGAAUCUGUGGUCAACCAGGUUGGCUUUCUCUGGUCAUGGAACUACAUGUCUUCCCGCCGCUGGCGAUCGGGCAACACCGGUGAUGAAUGUUUUCAGGAUACAAUGUUGGCCGAUUUCAGGAAGUUUUGCUCUAACACGGACAAUAGGUUGUGUGGGUUCUGGGAAAGUUUCAGGACCUCAGUGGAUCUAGUGAUUCCUUAA